UUCAAGUCGCACGAACGGGCGGAUACGAUCGCGAGCGGUGGGCGCUACGUCGUCGUCGUGCGGGAACCGUGCGAUGUGUUUCAUUCGUUUUAUGAGUUUUUGCCGGCGUACUGCGGGAUAGAGCGAGGGGUGAUCGAGAAGGAGGCGUUCGCGGAGGCGGUGUUCGCCGGGGCGUCGCACAGCGGCGGAUUCGCGGCGCACUACGUGAGUUGGUGGAAGGCGCUCGAGCGCGAUCCGGAGAACGUGAUCAUGUUUUGCUUUGAGGAUAUGAAGGAAAAUCUCGGGGACGUCGUGGACGCGGUGUCGGCGUUCAUGGGAAUCGAGCUCGACGACGACGCGCGCGCGCUCGUCCUCGAGCGCUCGGGAUUCGAGUACAUGCGUAACAAUACGAAGUUCGACGAUCAUUUCGUCCGGGAAAAGGUGGCGAAGCAGAUGGGAAUGGAGGGAACGACGUUUACGGUCGGUAAGGUUCGCGAUGGGGGCGGCGCGGUCGGCGAUGGCUCUCGCGAGCUCCCGCCGAGCGUGCGAGACGCGAUUUCAGAAAAGUGGCGCGCCGAAGUCGCCCCGAACGGUUUCGCAACCUACGGCGACUUCCGACGCGAACUUCGAUCCCGAUGGCGCACGAAAUGGCUGAAACGCCCGGACGACGCGUGA